CGAUUCUCACUGAAUCUGAACCUCACACAAUUCCCCUCAUGAUUUUUGCUUUGUUGGGUCCCAUAUAUACACCUAAUCUUUCAAAUAGUGACUUCCAUUGUCGUUAAUUCUUGAUUUCUCUGUACUUUUCAUUUAUCUCAAUUGGGUUUUCUUUAUUUAUCAAUUAUCUCAACUGGGUCGACUCCUAUUUCCACUAGAUCACUCUGGUUCUUGAAAUCUUGAAUUAAUUUCCCUUCACUGUAAUGGAAAAUUGCACUCUUCUUCAUAGUGGAAAUCAAUUCCAGCCCAAGUUUCCCUUUUUUGCACUUAAGCCCAAAAAGUUUCCUUUUUUUGUAGUUGGGUGUUCAAGAGUUUUGGGUGAAGAUAUAGUCAGGUUGUCUGUAGCUCAUGGCUCCAGCAGAGAGCAAAUGUGGAGAAUUAAAGCCACAGGCAAAAGCUCUGGGGAAGCUGCAAAUGCAGAUGAUGAAUCGGAUGAUGCUUUACAGGCUACUAUUGAAAAGAGCAAAAAGGUGUUAGCCAUGCAAAAGGACCUACUUCAACAGAUUGCAGAAAGAAGAAAAGUAGUCUCUUCAAUAAAAAGCAGCCUUGAAGAUGCCAAAGGUACUUAUGACAACGGAAAUGGUAGCUUAUCAAAUGUUGAUGUCCGUGGCAUGGAUAAAGACUAUAAUAGUACUUUACCUAGUACUGCUACUCCACCAAUUGUUGAUGACCUGAAAAAUACACUGGCAGCAGAAGCCAAGAUUUGUGAAGUAAAGAGAAGUUAAAGCGACCUGGCUCUGGAAAUGCAGUCGAAACCCGGUACUCUGAAGACAGCUCAAUCCGAUGAAAGGGCUACCCCACUGUCAAGAUCAUCCGUCACACCCAGUCAUCAGACUUCCUCUACAGUAAGUUCUGCCAAAAGAACAUUAUAUGUCCCUCCAGAAACUCCAAAGUUCAGUCAAGAGACAGGCAAAUUUUUCCAGUCUGAUGUGCCUUCAUUAUUUAAAGAAUCCUCAGCACAAUCCUACAUGGAACAGAAGAGUGAAAUUUUUGAAGGAUCAAGUGCUAAGAAGGCAAACAUAGAGACUGAAGACCCUGAGAAUGUAGAUGAGAAACCCCCUCCAUUGGCAGGAACGAAUGUUAUGAACGUUAUUUUGGUUGCUGCAGAAUGCGCUCCAUGGUCUAAAACAGGUGGGCUUGGAGAUGUAGCUGGAGCAUUACCCAAGGCUUUGGCUCGACGUGGCCACAGAGUUAUGGUUGUGGCACCUCGUUAUGGCAACUAUGCUGAACCUCAAGAUUCUGGUGUAAGAAAAAUUUAUAAAGUUGAUGGUCAGGAUGUAGAAGUGACUUACUUCCAAGCCUUUAUUGAUGGUGUGGAUUUUGUUUUCAUUGACAGUCACAUGUUUCGGCACAUGGAGAACAACAUUUACGGAGGGAACCGUGUGGAUAUUUUAAAGCGCAUGGUUUUAUUUUGCAAAGCAGCUAUUGAGGUUCCUUGGCAUGUGCCAUGUGGUGGGGUCUGCUAUGGAGAUGGAAAUUUAGUGUUUAUUGCUAAUGAUUGGCAUGCUGCUUUAUUGCCAGUUUAUCUGAAAGCUUAUUAUCGUGACAAUGGAAUGAUGAAAUAUACAAGAUCUCUCCUGGUCAUUCAUAACAUAGCUCACCAGGGUCGUGGUCCUUUGGAUGAUUUUUCAUAUGUAGAUCUGCCACCACACUACAUGGACAUUUUCAGGUUGUAUGACCCAGUAGGAGGUGAGCAUUUCAACAUUUUUGCAGCUGGUCUAAAGACAGCGGAUCGUGUAGUUACAGUUAGUCAUGGAUAUUCAUGGGAACUAAAAACUUCCGAAGGUGGCUGGGGAUUGCACGAUAUAAUUAAUGAGAAUGAUUGGAAAUUCCGGGGUAUUGUAAAUGGGAUUGAUACAAAAGAGUGGAACCCUGAGUUGGACGUUCACUUAAAGUCAGAUGGUUACGUAAACUAUUCCCUGGACACACUGAAGACUGGCAAGCCUCAAUGUAAAUCUGCAUUGCAAAAGGAACUUGGUUUACCAGUUCGUGACGAUGUCCCACUGAUCGGUUUCAUCGGGAGGCUUGACCCCCAAAAAGGCGUUGAUCUGAUAGCCGAGGCAGUGCCUUGGAUGAUGGGUCAGGAUGUACAACUGGUCAUGUUGGGGACGGGCAGGCCUGACCUUGAACAGAUGCUAAGGCAAUUUGAGUGCCAAUACAAUGAUAAAAUUAGGGGAUGGGUUGGUUUCUCCGUGAAGACAGCUCAUCGUAUUACUGCUGGUGCAGACAUUCUGCUCAUGCCUUCUAGAUUUGAGCCUUGUGGACUGAACCAGCUUUAUGCUAUGAAAUAUGGGACUAUUCCGGUUGUUCAUGCUGUAGGAGGACUCAGAGAUACUGUGCAGCCUUUUGAUCCUUUUAAUGAGUCAGGAUUAGGAUGGACCUUCAGUAGGGCUGAAGCUAACCAGCUGAUCCAUGCGUUAGGAAAUUGCUUACUGACUUAUCGCGAGUACAAACAGAGUUGGGAGGGGCUUCAGAGACGCGGUAUGACACAAGACCUAAGUUGGGAUAAUGCUGCUCAUAACUAUGAGGAAGUUCUUGUUGCUGCUAAGUAUCAGUGGUGAGGCUCAUUACGCGUCUGUAUAUGUCAACAACUUGUGGCCAUACAAUGAAGGUGUUUCAGCUCUUCCCUAAAGGGUCCAAAUAUUGAGUUUUGCUGGGUAUAUCGCAUUGCUCCAAUUGUGCUUACCCAAGAUAAGUUCAAAAACCUUGUCUUUCUCAAGUGACUGAAAGCCCUAUUUCUGGUCAUGAAACGAGAGGAUGCAACAUGUUGGCUACUUCACGUAUGGUGGUCAUAUAUAUCAUCAUGUAUAUAUUCUUUACAGUUACCAAGAUUUAGUUGUAUGUAGCCAAUCUCUACUCUUUUUUUGUCGAAAGUGUUAAGGAAUCAGCUAGUGUUAGAUAUCAUGCAUAAAAUCAGUGACCAGUGACCCUAAUUUUUUCUGAA